AUGGCCCAUAUUUGGCUUGGAAAAGAAGAAGACCCAGAGGGAUUUAAAAUUAUCUAUAUCAACCCAGUGAAAGGAUAUGGUGUUUUCACUACAAAAGAAUUUACGAAGGGCGAUUUUCUUCUGGAAUACGUGGGAGAAACAAUUCAUGAAGAAGAAGCGUUGGAAAGAGAGAAGAAUUAUGCCAAGCGACAGAAGAAUGCAAAAUAUUCAAGAUGCUAUACCUUCUUUUAUAAACACAAUGAAAAGCAUUUUUGCAUAGAUGCAACCAACACAACAGGAAGGGCUGGCAGUUUGGUGAAUGAUGGCAUAUUGAUCAAGCACUUCAAUUGCAAAAUGAAAAAGAUAACACUAAAUGGAAAAGUGCAUUUGGCUUUAUUUGCCACAAGACAAAUCGACAGUGGGUCUGAAUUAUUGUAUGAUUAUGGAGAAGAUAAUUUGUGGUGGAGAAAGUCAUGUGAGCAGAACAAUGAAAAUUUGGAGACAUUAGGUUCUGAUGUACAAGGCAAGACUGAGGGUAAUGACAAAAUGCCAUCUGGUGAUGAUUCGGAUGUAUCAGAAGUGUUGGUUGAUAUGGAAACAGAACAUGGAAAUGACAGUGAUGUUGGCAAAAGAUCACCUGAUGUAGAUGUCCCUGCAGAUACCAGUGAUGAAGUCAAAGAUUCUGAUUGUGAUGUGCAAGGCAAAACUGAAGGUACUGAAAAAAUGCUAUCUGGUGAUGAUUCGGAUGUAUCAGAAGUGUUGGUUGAUAUGGAAACAGAACAUGGAAAUGACAGUGAUGUUGGCAAAAGAUCACCUGAUGUAGAUGUCCCUGCAGAUACCAGUGAUGAAGUCAAAGAUUCUGAUUGUGAUGUGCAAGGCAAAACUGAAGGUACUGAAAAAAUGCUAUCUGGUGAUGAUUCGGAUGUAUCAGAAGUGUUGGUUGAUAUGGAAACAGAACAUGGAAAUGACAGUGAUGUUGCACAAGUUUCCCAUGGGAAGAAAGGAGAACGAGUUUAUGACAAAAGACAAGCUUGUUAUUAUUGUGGGCAGCUGUUUGCUAAAAUUUCUGAACAUUUGGAAAAUAAGCACAAAGAUCAGAUGGAGGUGGCCAAUGUUUUAGCCUUGAAGAAAGGAAGCCAAAGUAGGGCAUUGGCAUGGAAAAAGCUAAGGAACAUGGGGAAUUUUCAGCAUAAUGUCUUGAUCCUGUCAACACCAACACAUGAUCAGGCUGAUGAUGAUUUACAGCUAAUAGUGGAUCGUCGUCCUAAGAAUGCCAUAAAUAUGGAUGAGUUCUUGCCAUGCAGUUUUUGCCUUGCAUUUUUUCGGAAAAGAGAUCUCUGGCGUCAUGCAAAGAAAUGUCCUUUAAAUAUUGCAGGCUCGUCGGAGGAGGAGACUCGUGUACAGUUAUCAUCAAAAUUACUAUUAGAAUCAUCAAUGGCAAGGAACAACAGUAAGGUAGAUCAAAAUUUUUUGACAGUUGUAGCUGGUAUGAAGAAUGAUGAGGUGCUAGAUUGCAUCAAAUCUGACAAUGGACUGAGACUUCUAGGGGGAAGUAUGAUCCAAAAGGUGGGGAAGUCCAGGUUAGCAAAUGUUAGGCAAAAGCUUAGGGAACUUGGGCGUUUAUUAAUCGAAUUGAGGAAAACAACUCCUGUGAACGGGACAUCAUUACAGAACUUUGAUGACGUACUCAAACCACAAAACUUUGAUCGUGUUACUGAGGUUGUUUGGAAUAUUGCUGGAACAACUCCGUCAGGCGAGGAAGCUUUUACACAAAGAGGACUCCCAAAGUAUGAGAAACCGUCUUUGGCACUAAAGCUUGGGCAUUCUUUGAAAAGAAUGGCGGAAAUGAAGCGAGGAUGUGCAAUUCGCUGUGGAGAUGAAGUUGCUAGAAAAGAAGCUGAGAACUACAUUACAUUGCAUACAACAGAGUGGAAUGGCAAAAUUAGUAGCCAUGCUUCUCAAACUCUGUCAGAACGCCGGCAUAAUGACCCAAACCUCCUUCCACUAACAGAAGAUGUGAUAAAGCUAAGGCGCUAUCUUCUUGAUGAACAACAACGCCUUAUUCCACAACUGAGAAGUGCUCCAUCAGUGAGCGUUUGGAGAACCUUGGCUCAGGUUGCACUUACUCGUGUGACAGUUUUUAAUAAAAGGAGGGGUGGGGAGACUGGACAAAUACUUCUGGAAACAUAUCAGAACAGAAUCAACUGGAAUGAAGCUGGUAAUGCUGAAGUACUUGGUACCCUUCAACCACUUGAGAAGAAACUCUUGGAACGACUGCAACUUGUGGAGAUUGUGGGCAAAAGAGACAGAAAGGUUCCUGUUAUACUAACUGAAGACAUGGUCAGCACCAUAGAUGCAUUGAAUGAGGUCAGAAAGGACAUUUUGUUGCAUGCGGAAAACAAGUACCUCUUUGCGGCCCCAACAACAAAAGAUGGUUUCUUGAAGGGAUGGGAUGCACUACACUUCACAACGCAAAAUGCUGGUCUUGCCAAACCCCAACUAAUUACAUCAACCAAUAUGAGGAAAUAUGUAGCUACAGUUUCCCAGACCUGA